AUGAGUAGAAGAUGACACACACACAAAGGCAAACAUUUGGUUCACGGGUCUCUCUAAUCGAUUAACCACUAACCAAACAUGAUAUCUCCUCUUUUACAGAUGCCAAUAAUUAUUAUUCUUCUCUCUCUCUCUUCAAAUAUCACUCUCUCCCAAGAAACACACAGUGUCACACACAUUGAUGGUGUAGAGGGUUUUGGACAAGAGGGUUGUUGUGGUUUCGACAGUAGGCAGUUUGAAUUAGGAUUAUGUGUGGAUUGAGGUUGUGUUGGGGUUUUGUGUUGGCGGUAGUUGUGUGGUUUGGAAGUGAAGAAAGAGGAGUGAGUGGAGGUGUUGCAAGUGUGAGAGUUGGGAACAUAUCGGAGGUGGAAGAUGCAGCCUAUUUCCGCAUAUAUUAUGGCAACACUUUCAAAGUCAUCAAGAAUGGAUUUGAUGGCAAGAGUUAUCUUCUCAUUCAGAAUAAUUCGAAGAUGGCGACUAGAACAAAAUAUUGCACGUCGAGGAUAAAAUCGUUCGUCGUUCCAUUAGCCAAUUAUUCGAUCGAGGCUGAUUAUUUUCCAGUUUCCUUCUUUGAGCUUCUGGGACUACUAGGGAGUCUGAAGGGCAUCACAUCAGAGUAUGUGGCUUCUCAAUGUGUGUUGAAACUGUACGAGGAUGGACAACUGCAGCUCAUCAACAAAAGUGAGUCACAGCAGCUCACUCAGUUUGCAGCACACUUCAUUGUGAACACUGAUCAGCCACAAUCCUGCAACUUUGCUACUUUUCUCCCAGUGGGUGAGGACACUCCUCUCCAGAGAGCUGAGUGGAUCAAGUACCUCGGAGUUUUUGCAAACUUGGAAACGAGAGCGAAUCAAGUGUACGAUGCAAUUAAGAAGAAUUACAUGUGCCUGAGUAAGACGGCGACUAGCCGGCAGGCAUCAUUCAAACCGAUAGUCGCUUGGAUGGCAUACAACGACGGUGUCUGGUCUUUCACAAAAGAGGCAUACAAACUAAAGUACGUAGAGGAUGCAGGUGGCGAAAAUAUUGACGACUCGAUCAACAAAAUCACAUAUAACGUCUCUAUACCGGACGACUUGGAAGCAUUUCAUGCCAUCCUAUGUACUGUCGAUGUGGUGAUCGAUGAGACCUAUACGUCUGACCCAACGGUCUACAAUGCAUCCACGUUCCUUCAGAACUUGAACGUCGAAGAUCAAUCUUGCUUCGCCUUCAUGGCCAAUCAAAGCCUGUGGAGAUACGAUAAAAGAAUUCAGAACUCUAUAGUUCUUGAUUGGUAUGACGGAGCUAUCUCUCAGCCGCAUCUAGUCCUGGCCGAUCUCGUUGAAGCUUUAUUUCCAUCAGGAAACUACACCACCAAAUACUUCCGAAAUAUCGCGAAGGGAGAAGGAAUUGUAAGCAUUGGCCCGGAAAUGUGCGACAGAGAGAGCUCCAUACCUAUGGAACCCUUAAUUAUAGCUUGCUAAUAGAAAUGUCAUAAAUUUGAGAAUUCUUCCUCACAUUUCUCCCGAUUUUUCUCUAUGUGACAUUAUGAUUUCAAUUUCUUCUUUGUACAUUUUUUGCCAAUGUAUAAAUGUUGUACCUAUUCAUUUAUGUUGUUUAUUUAAAUAUGCAUUUGGACGGAA